AUGAACAAUGCCGCCACUUUGGUUCCCUCUGAUCAAAUCAUUGUGGCCUACUCGGAUGGUGAGAUCACCGCCGGACAGAUUUCUCGUGCUUUGUUCUAUGCCAAUUCUCGCUUGUUGGCCAUGCACCUGUAUGUUGACAAGAGCUUUGCCACCGCCAUGCCCGGUUAUGCAGAAAAAUUUUACACCCUCAUGCAAUGGGAAAUGGAGACUUUUGUAACUCCAUUCAUCAACAUAUCCUUCCUGACCAGGUGCUCCGCUACCAUUCCAAAACUUCUCCACAAUGUGAUUGCAAUUUUGGUUGUGAAUAAAUUGGUGGACCGGAAACCGGAUGUGAAUGAGGUCCUCAUGGAUAUCAAAGCAUUGCCUCUUUCUGUCAAUUCCGCCACAUCAGAUGAAUAUGACAUUGCUCAUAUGUCAGACUACUUCAAUGCCUGGUGGAAGGAGAACCUGGGCUCUUGCAGGGUGCCGGACAUGUUGCCAAAAUCAUCUGUCCAAGAUGUGAUGGAGUUGGUUGAGGGCCAUUUUUCAGAACUCCCGGAUCAUGUGGAAACCGACCUCCUCCCAUAUAUGCUCACACAUGGCCCGAGAGCUGUUGGAAAUUUUGCAGAGAAGGAUGACAAACUUUUUACGUUCAAGUGA